ACCAGUUUCUUUUGUUGCGUUUUGUAGAUCAGUUCACUGUUAGCUAUAGUGAGGUUGUUUUCAAGUGCAGUAGUUACGGAGUAGAUUAACCUUUAGAGAUCCAAACUUUGUGGAAGAAAUGUGUGAUAAUUCUUCGUUUGGAUCCACAGUUAAAUUUGGUCAUAAUAUCAAAACGUUAUUCAGAUGGACGGGGAGUACUUACCGGCUUGUUUGGAAGGAAUUCAUCAUUUACACCAUGGCGUAUAUAGGACUUUCAAUUGUGUACGAUUUUGCACUGGAUGACGACGGCAAAAAGGGAUUUGAAGAUAUAUCCGCCUACUGUUCCAAAUAUACUUCAUCACUACCCAUUAUUCUGCUGUUGGGUUUCUUCACUUCAACUUCUAUGCAGCGAUGGUUUUCACUGGUGCAUUCCAUGCCUGGAACGACAAGAGUUAUAGCCAGCUUUGUCAUGUCAAUCAAAGAAGGUCAGCCAGAAGGUUAUCAAAUAGUGGAGCAAUACUCACGGUGGAUCGUACUAGGUUGGGCGUUAACGUUCCGUCUUAUCUGCAAACCGUUGAAAAGAGUAUUCCCCACUCUAUUGUCUCUCGAGAAUGCUGGAUUAUUGCUGCCACAUGAACGAUUGCAACUCGAAAGUGAGCUCGCUUCCAACCAUCCUAUAGUGGUUGUACAGUGGAAUCUUGCCCUGUUGAAACGAUGUAACCGACAAGGAAUAUUCAUGGAUUUCUCCGAUUACCAGCGCAACCAAGAUAAUUUGAUGACUUUUAAGAAGAGUUGCGGAGACACAAUCAAAUUUGCUGCCAAAAAUAUCCCAUUUGCAUUAAUUCAAGCCGUAACGAUUACCGUUUACUCCUACGGACUAGCAUCGUUGAUGGCGCGCCAACUGACAGAUGAGCAUACUCCAACUUCGUUCACCAUAAGGUAUUUUCCUGUCCUCAACGCAUUCCAGUAUUUUCUCUAUUACCUGUGGUUGCAAUUCGGUCGAUUGGCAGCCUAUCCCUUUUCAGAUGACGAGAACGAUAUUGAUAUUAAGCGACUCUUGCAAGCCCACGUAGACGAUGCUGUCCGGUGGCAAUCACUUUAUUCUUCACCCGGUUUGACAGAGCAGAUAGUGUCGCAUUCUCUUCACAGUUCUUCACACGAAUGGAUGAAUCUUGCAUGUCCGAAAGCACAACGAGGCCUCAUAAGCGAACCUUUGGCAAAUGGCAACAAUCAGGAAAGUGCUCUUAUUGCAAAGAACGCCAUUGAAUCAAAAACCAAAUCGAUAUUUGAAUUGGAAUCAGAUGAAGAAACCCAAAAUAAUGAGGGUGAUAGCGGUCUCGCCGCCUCAUUUGAAGCCAGUCCCAUACGGAAUAACAAAGGAGUCAAUCAUGAAGUAGCUGGCGAUAACUUCGACCAACAGGAAGCGAUUGCUUUAUCUCCAGAAUAUCCCGAUACCUCUAAACCUGUUAAAGACACCGGAGACAACAUACAAUGUCUAAGUGCAUUUCAGAAGGCCAGGAUAGAAAGAAAUCGUCAGAAAGCUCUCCUCCUUCGCCAGGCAAGAUUGCAAGCUCAUCCUUAUAAAACUGGCAACACAGACGAGCAUUCUGUAAUCAGAAUAAAAAAUUCAAGACUUAUUGAUUCAGGGGGUGGAUUUCUCAUUAAUGAGAAAGAACUUGAAGACGAACAACAAAGAGAAAUAGUGAUCACUGAAGACCCUGCCCCAAUUAUUUUGCCUGAUCGUCCCCAUUGUGAUGAAUGCGAGCAGCCCCUUCACGAUUCAUUACUUUACCGCUCUUUUUCGUAUCCUGUUUGUGACCCUUGCAAAGAUACAAAUGACGAAAAGUACAGUCUAAUUACGCGAACAGAAGCACGUCAAGAGUACCUCCUAAAAGAUUGUGAUUUGGACUUGCGAGAGCCAAUUUUACGUUACAUUUUGCGCAAGAACCCUCUCAAUCCCAACUGGGGAGAUAUGAAACUAUACUUGAGAUUACAGGUUGAAAAACGAGCGCUCGAAUUGUGGGAGACCCUGGAGAAGAUAGAAGAAGAAAAAGAACUUCGCGAAACCAAACGAGAAAAAUCCAAAAUAAAGAAAUUCAACCAACAAGUUAAAAAUUUGCGAAUGGCAGUACGCAGUAGCGUUUACAAAAAACAAACGGCCGGCCACCAGCAUGUCUUUGGAGAGGAAAAGUUUGAUGCUGAAAGAGAUCUUUACUAUCGCAAGUGCAGUACGUGCUCUUUUCAGCAAGAGUACGAAAAGAUGUGAUCUUUUUUUUUCUUUUUUACAAUUUUAUUCAGCCAUGUAUUGUCAGCACAUUCUCAGAUGUUGGCUACAAACUCAUUCAAAAUUACCCAUUUUAAUUUAAAUAAUAUUGUGAAUAUAGAUUUGGCAAUUGCCAGCUAA